AUGUUGGUUACUUAUUCCGACUCAAGUUCUGAAAGCGACCAUGACAACAUGUCGAGCAUAAAUCCUGCUCCAAAACGAAGGGCUGAGGUUGAGCUACCUGAUCGGAAUUCUCAAAAGCCACCACCUCUGCCCUCCACUUUUCACUCGCUCUACACUGCUGCUGCUCGAACCUCUACCACUGAUGAUCCGACUUUACAUGCGGGCCGCAUUCGUCAAGUCCCACACGUGGUAGGUAAUUGGCCCACUCAUAUCUAUCUCGAAUGGUAUCCCUCGCCAAUAGAUGUGGCUCUCCUCGAGGAUAUUAUCAAACAGGUAUCAGUCAACAUUAAUCCAGAGGGUACCGCUCAUCCAAAGAAAGUCUUGAUCCAUGAUUUUUUGCGAUCGGAUCUUGGGGCAUUGCUGCCACUCCACAUCAGUCUAUCUGCUCCACUCGUACUAAGAACCGAGCAGAAGAAACUUUUUGAAGAAAGCCUUAUUGCCCGAUUGAAACAAUUACGUGUAAGUACAUUUACAGUAAAUGUUGUCGGAUUAGACUGGGUCUCCAACCACGAUGCCACCAGAUUCUUCCUCGUACUGAGGCUGAGCAUGCCUGCAGGUGAUGAAUUGAAUGUGCUCCUGAAUGCAUGUAACACAUCAGCUCGGGAGUUUAGGCUGACGCAGCUCUAUGUUGUCCCAGCGGAGGCUGAUGUGUCCGCCGACCAGGGAGAACUCCUCCGCAUAUCAGACCAUUCUAGUGCGUUUCACAUCAGUGUUGCGUGGACACUCCAGAAACCAACUGAGGAGGCUGCACGUCAGCUCUCCUCUGUAAUUGUGCACCAAUGCCGAGGUCUUGAGAUGAGGUUUGAUACCCUCAAGUUGAAAAUGGGAAACACGGUGCUCGACAUCUCGCUCGAAAAAAGUGACGAGGAUCGCCGUUCACCAACAGCAGGAAAAGACCCUGACUGGGCGGGAUUGAAAACUUGA